GCACUCUGAAUAAAACCUUCACCACGCAUGAGACCGGCCUCUUUUACUCGUAGGCUCUCAGUGAGGCGAAGGAACAUCUCGUCGAACAAGAAUAAGAAUUUUCAGCGGAAACAAUGCCAAAGGAAAAGAUUCAUAUCAACAUCGUCGUCAUCGGCCACGUAGACUCUGGCAAGUCCACCACAACUGGCCAUUUGAUCUACAAAUGCGGCGGAAUCGACAAACGAACCAUCGAAAAGUACGAGAAGGAGGCCCAAGAGAUGGGAAAAGGUUCAUUCAAGUAUGCUUGGGUGUUGGACAAGCUCAAGGCUGAACGUGAGCGUGGUAUCACUAUUGACAUUGCCCUCUGGAAAUUCGAGACUGAGAAGUACUAUGUUACUGUCAUUGAUGCCCCAGGACAUCGUGACUUUAUCAAGAACAUGAUCACUGGAACAUCACAGGCUGACUGUGGCGUGUUGAUUGUUGCUGCUGGCACCGGUGAGUUCGAGGCUGGAAUCUCCAAAAAUGGCCAAACGCGUGAGCAUGCUCUGUUAGCUUAUACUUUGGGAGUGAAGCAGCUUAUUGUUGGUGUUAACAAGAUGGACAGUACCGAGCCUAAUUACAGUGAAGCCCGUUUUAAGGAAAUUGAGAAGGAAGUUUCACAAUACGUCAAGAAAGUUGGCUACAACCCAAAGGCCGUUGCCUUUGUUCCCAUUUCUGGUUGGCAUGGAGAUAACAUGCUGGAGCCAAGUGAAAAGAUGCCCUGGUACAAGGGAUGGAGUAUUGAGAGAAAGGAUGGAAAUGCUUCUGGGAAAACACUCUUCAAUGCCCUGGAUUCCAUUCUUCCUCCAAAGCGUCCAACAGACAAGCCUUUGCGAUUGCCAUUGCAGGAUGUUUACAAGAUCGGAGGUAUUGGAACUGUGCCUGUUGGUAGAGUGGAAACUGGGAUCUUGAAACCAGGAAUGGUUGUCACUUUUUCUCCUGCACAACUCACAACUGAGGUCAAAUCUGUUGAAAUGCACCAUGAAGCUCUUGUAGAAGCCCUGCCUGGAGACAAUGUUGGAUUCAAUGUUAAGAACGUUUCAGUAAAGGAAAUCAAACGUGGCAUGGUUGCUGGAGACAGCAAAAAUGAUCCACCAAAGCAAGCCAAGAAUUUUAAAGCACAGGUGAUUGUCCUCAACCAUCCAGGUGAAAUCCAUGCUGGAUAUGCUCCUGUGUUGGAUUGCCACACUGCCCAUAUUGCCUGCAAGUUUAGUGAACUGGUCGAGAAGAUUGACCGUCGUAGUGGAAAGAAGUUGGAAGAUCUUCCGAAGAUGGUCAAGUCAGGUGACGCUGCCAUCAUCGUUUUGGAACCCUCCAAGCCAAUGUGUGUUGAGCCGUUCAGUGAAUAUCCCCCCCUUGGUCGCUUUGCCGUGCGUGACAUGAAGCAGACUGUAGCUGUUGGCGUUAUUAAGGAAGUGGUAAAAAAGACUGACGCUGAAGGGAAGGUAACCAAAGCUGCUUCAAAAGCCCAGAAGAAAAAGUGAAAUUCCAUGCUCAAUUUAAAUUCCAAGAGACUCCGCUUACAAGUCAAUCAUGCUGUUGUAGUAGAAUGGCUUCUUUGCUAUUUGUUCCAUCGCAAAUCUGUCAGGAGGCGGAGACAGCCGUGCUGUUAUCUUAAUUUCUGAAGGAUAAGUGUACUUGGUAGAAAUAAAUAAACAAAAGUUACAGUUAGUGGA